UCCCCAGUCAACAGUCCUUCCUUCAAGUGAACGUCGUCAAGACUCACUCUCCUUCAUUCUUUCACGAGGCUAGCCCUUGUUUUCUUGUUUUACCUUUUGCUCAUCUUUUCCGAGACUUUCCUUACAUACGCUGGCCUGGUUGCUUGCUGUUAAAGAAUCUGUGAUAUCUUGUGUGACUGCAACGGUCUUUCUUACCGUCUUCUCGUAGCUUUCACUAUUCUCAAUCACUACCCAGUCUUUUGAGCCUCUUCCCCCAUCUUGACGACUAUUCAUACCACGGCAUCAUCCUGAGACUUUUUCGUCUGGUACGAUUUAGACUCUGAUAUCACUCUCUUUCAAAAUGUUCUCCAAACUUUUCGCCGUCACUGUGCUGGCUACGGCCGCCAGUGCCCACAUGAAGAUUACAAGCCCAGUUCCGUAUGGCAGUUCAGAUCUGGACAACAGCCCUCUCUUUGCCAAUGGCACGAAUUUCCCUUGCAAACUGCGAGGCAACGUCUAUAACCUCGAGGGCGCUAGCAAUGUCUUUGCCCAAGGCAGCACCCAGAAACUCGCUUUUCUUGGAUCUGUUGUUCAUGGUGGCGGUUCAUGCCAAGUUUCCGUUACUACUGACGCUCAGCCUGACAAGAACUCUGUCUGGAAGGUCAUCAAGUCUAUUGAGGGUGGCUGCCCUGCCAAGGACCAAGUUGGCAAUAUGCCCGGCCCUGCCAGUACCGUGGAUCCUUACACAUACGAAUACACUAUUCCUAAGGAACUGCAAUCCGGCAACUACACACUGGCCUGGACUUGGUUCAACAAGAUUGGCAACCGUGAGAUGUACAUGAACUGCGCGCCUUUGACUGUCACUGGAUCAGGAGGCUCCAAGGACUUCUUGAACACUCUUCCGGAUAUGCACCAAGCCAACUUCGCUGGCGCGAAGGACUGCGGAACUGACGAGGGCCAUGAUCUCUUGUUCCCCACUCCUGGCAAUGAUGUUGACAAAUUCAACGGCGCUACCGAAGUCUUCCUGGGUCCAACUUGUAUUGCUCCUGGUACCCCAAACCCUACCAACGGCGGCUCUGGCUCUGGCUCUGCUCCCACCAGCUCUCCUCCCCAGCCUACUCAAGUCAGUGUUCCCAGCGCCGGCGGUGUCUUUAUUACCAGGCCACCAGCUUCUCUGCCAGCUGCUACCCAGCCCGCAGCUUCUCAACCUGCCGCUUCUCAACCUGCCGCUUCCGAGCCUGUUGUCACCUCCGCUCCCGUUGCGAGCUCCCCUGCUCAGUCUCAGGCGGCUCCAUCCCCUACUUCUGCUGCUGCUGCUCUUCCGCCAGCUCCCAGCUCCGGCUCCAACGCCAGCUCAGGAUCAAGCCCCAGCGGCGGUUUCGCAGCCGGCACAGCUUGCCCCACUGAAGGCCAAUGGAACUGCAUUGACGGAACUCACUUCCAGCGAUGCGCCAGUGGUAGCUGGUCUGCUUCCCAGGCUGUUGCUGAUGGUACUUCAUGCCAGUCUGGUCAGGCUGAGAACCUCAAAAUGGUUGCCAAGAGGGGCAAGAAGUCGAUGCGCCGCGCCGUUCGCAUGCGUGCUUAAGCAUCAUGAGCAAUACCCUUUAGACGUCGACACUGAGUUUUCUACAGUCUUUUUUAUUGGAGAAUUUGGAGAUGGAUUGUGGUGGACAUUUAACCAUUCCCUUGAAGGGAGGAUUGACAUUCUUUUGAUGUAUAUACUUUUGUAUUUAUACCGCUCUUUCUUAUUCGUUGUAACAUCACCGAGAUUUUAGAUUACAUUACCCUGGAAAAAUAUACAUACGGGGCACAUAAGCAUUUAAGCUUUAUCACGAAAAAUACAUUUCCACUAUGCCUGUGGC